GAGAGACUCGACUCUCCCACUAAACGGGCUGGAAUAAAUUAUAUUCAGAUUUGGAGUCUGCAUUCGACCACAAAUGAUGUUCUGCAGGCGAGGUGCGAAAUAGAGGCGGGGCGUCGAAAGCUGUGACAACAAGAUGUGCUUGAGUAACGGAAUCAACAGCCAGGCUGUAAUUAGUGACGUGUUUAUUAGAGCGAGAGGACUACGGAGCGGCCAGUAGGAGAGUCGCGUGGAACCGCGGGGUGAUAGUGGGCAUUGACGCGUGAGGACAUGACAAAGCCUAUAGCUUACCACUGCAGCGAGAUCUAACUGGAUAGCUUCAACAACCACGACCAACUAGGGACGACGUUUUACUGAUUCUUACCGAGCCUCCUGCAUUUUCCAUAACAUCGUGCUACAGGAUUCCCGAAUAAUCUUACUGAACCAGCGAUCUGAUCAACCCAGGCUAUAUGCUGCCGGGAGGAGGUUCCACUGCGCCCACUCUUGUUCAUAUCGUCACGAUGUGGUUUUAGGAUAUCUGAUGUCGGUUCCUUUCACUGGACCUCUUGUUUCCUUUGCAUUGCCCAUCUAGGUAGGUCAAUGAGGGCUCUGUAGUCUAUAGAUGGAGCUGUCUGUCUGUCUGUAUCUAUCUACCGUUAUCUACCAGUAACCUCCUGCUUUCUAGCCAGCUUUGUUCACUGUCUGUCUGCAGCCAACCUGUGGAGAGAGAGCGGGGGAGAGAGAGCGGGGGAGAGAAAGAGAAAUCUGUUAUUUAUUUAUCAGCGCUCCAAUCUGCCUCUGGAUGCUUUCAUGUGUGUAUUCUUGAAAAAUAUAUCUCUCACCGAAGAAAACUGGUUUGUUCCCGUCUGUCUGUCCGUCUACCGGAGAACCCGGGACAUUAGUGCCAGCUUGUCUGCCUGUGGGCCCAAUGCCGCGUGCACCUGAUGGUAGGCGUUCCUGCUGUUACCACUUGCCGGUGGGAGAGGCUCGAGACGCCGCAGCCAGAGCGCACUAGGAGGAUGCUGCGCCAGGUGUUGCAGGCAGGCCUACGAAGAUCAUUCCAGACUCUGGGUCGGUUUGUAGCGAGCCACCCUGUCUUCUUUGCGUCUGCUCCUGUACUGGUGUCUGUACUGCUGGGGGCCAGCUUCAGUCGGUACAGGGUGGAAGGUGAUGUGGAGUCCCUGCUGGUUCCUAAACACAGUCUCGCCAAGAUAGAAGGCAACCUUGUGGACUCUCUGUUCCCUGUCAACAGGUCUAAACAUGCCCUGUACUCAGACCUGCAGACUCCAGGACGUUACGGCCGUGUCAUAGUCACCUCUAAGAGAGGCAGCAUCCUGGAUCCUGUUCAUACUGACCUUGUCCUCCAGCUUCAUCGUUCCAUAGUUCUACUCCAAGUUCCAGUGUUAGGGUUCAACUACUCUUUCUCUCACCUCUGUCUGCUUGACGACAAGAAUACCUGUAUUAUUGAUGACAUAAUUCGAGCCCUGGAGGACAGCCAAUCCGCACGCUUUGCCAACCUUUCUUCCCAUCCUCUGCGCUAUCCAAUCACACGUCUUGCUGACGGGCGGAUGGCCUACAUUGGCCACCAGUUAGGAGGAGUUCAGGCAUGGGGGUCUGGGCCUCCGGUCCGAGGUCCAGGUGUGUCUGGUCGGGGUGAAGGAGUCCGGAGUGCUAGGGCUCUGCAGCUGACCUACUACCUGCAGGCUCGUGGCGCUUUGACAGACAGAGUGGCUAGCCAAUGGGAGCAAGCGUUCUGUGGUGAACUGGGACGAUUUGGGGCAGGACAUCCUGAACUGGGCUUAUAUCCAUUCACAUCUUCUUCUCUAAGAUCAGACUUCCAGGCAUCGUCAGUGCUGGCCCAACGCCCGUUGCUGGCCAGUAUUUGUGUGUGUGUGCUCUUAUCGGUGUGCUGCUGCUCCAUGAGGGACUGUGUGAGGGCUAAACCCUGGCUGGGCCUGCUGGCUCUGCUCUCUAUCGCCCUUUCUGGACUCACUGCUGCUGGCAUCCUCAACCUGACUGGAGCCACCUACAACUCUACCUAUCUGGGGGUCCCGUUCAUACUACUAGGUCAUGGAUUAUUUGGCACUUUUGAGAUGCUGUCAUCAUGGAGACGAACACGUGAGGACCAACAUGUUAAGGAGCGUGUAGCUAGUGUGUUCUCUGAUGUCAUGCUGCGUUACUCAGGUGGAACACUACUUCACCAGGUGACUCUUGGUCUGGCUGCAUCUCCUCUCACCAACCUGGAGGCUGUCCGGUUGUUCUGUCGUUGUGCUGCCCUGGGUGUUACCGUUGGUUAUCUCUACACCCUGUCUUUCUAUGCUGCCUGUCUGGUUGCCACAGGUUACCUGGAGACAGGGUACAGGCAUGGAUGUUUCUGUCGACGUGUCCCCAAGAAGGGAGCCCUGGACUCCAAGCCACGCUGGUACCGCUGCCUCAUGUACACACGCUACCAGGAUGAUACACACACACACAACGCUAUACACACACCUAAUGCUUCUCACGCACAAACACUUACUUCAAAUUCCAUACUUACUCACACACACAUACCAAACGCUACCCACGGUCAUACACACACUCCAAACACUACCCACAGUCACGAUCACACUCCAAACACAUCCCACGGUCAGACACACACUCCAAACACAUCCCACGGUCAGACACACACUCCAAACACUACCCACGGUCACACACACACUCCAAACACUACCCACAGUCACACACACCCAUCAAAUACACACAACCCAACCACCAGCUCUGAUCUGCGACCCCGGGACUCACACUUGUUGCUAGGCUGCGUGCGACGUUGCUAUGGAGAUUGGAUCACCAAUACAUAUGUAAAACCCUUUGUGGUUUUGUUAUACCUCAUCUACAUCUCCUUUGGACUGAUGGGCUUCCUACAGGUGAGCCAGGGCUCCGACCCUAGUUCUCUGGUUGCUAUGGAUACAGGAACAUUAUUGUACGCUCGCGCCCAGCAGCGCUACUUCUCAUCCUACUCCCCUGUGAUUGGGUUCUACAUCUAUGAGAGCGCCCCCUACUGGAAUGCCUCGGUACAGAGAGAUCUGUUGGAGUAUGCUAAAGGGUUCCAGCGAAUCAGCUGGCUGGAGAGCUAUCUGGAGUUCCUGACAGAAAGGAAUAUUUCCACCACCACCCAAUCACGUGAGAGCUUCACGCGAAUGCUCCGCCUCUCCUUUCUUCGCCAGCCGCAAUUUGCUCAUUUUGCGGAUGACAUCAUCUUUGCUGAACGUGGUGAAGGGGAGGAACCAGAGAUGGCUGCUUCUCGUGUCUUCCUGGUUGCCAAGACAACAGAGAACAAGAGGGAAGAGAUGUCUGUCCUUUUAGACACACUAAGGCGCCUUUCUCUGACAUCACGGGUCCGCUUCCUGAUCUUCAACCCUUCAUUUGUUUACCUUGACAGGUAUGCCACAGCUGUGAGCUCUCCCCUGCGCCACUCCCUGAUUGCUGUGCUGUUUCUGUUGGGGUUGUCAUCCCUGGCAGUGGUGGAGCCCCUAGUGGCCGUCUGGCUGAGCCUCACCCUCCUUUCUGUCCAAUUUGGGGUCCUGGGUUUCAUGACUCUGUGUGGGGUGGAACUGGACUGUGUGUCUGUCCUAUGUCUGAUCUCGGCGCUGGGUCACUCGGCAGACUGCUGUGCUCCUCUGUUGGCCACCUUCUCCUCCGGCCGUGGGGACAGUAGGACAGUGUGGGUCAGACUGGCGUUGGAGAGACAUGGCGUCCCGGCGCUGCAGAUGCUGAUCUGCUACAUCGCAGCACUGCUUCCCCUGGCAGCUGUCCGCUCCAACCUCACCCGCUCGCUUUUCCGUUGCCUAGCGCUGACGGCAUUCUGCUCUGCUCUCCACACCCUGGCCUUCCUGCCCACACUGCUCACCUUCCUGCCACCCGCCAAGAAAACCACUAGUAGGCCAGGAGACAGAGGGGAGGGGGAGGGGCCUAGAGAGGAAGUGGAGUGUGUGGAAAUGGUUGACAGUACCCGGGUUGUUGACCAGAUAACCACCGUUUGACCAACGGGAAGUAAUGUCACAGGUUAUGAGGGUAUCACCGAUGUGAUGUUGCUAUGGCUACUGGCCUCUGUAGGUGGGCGCCUCACGGGGCAUAAAUAAUCACAGCAAGGAAUCAACAAUUCCUUACAGAGAGAGACAGACACAAUGGAAGAAGUAGGAAAAGAGAGACAAUAAGAGAUCGGGAGAGACAGUGAGAGGGACAGACAGUAACAGGGAAAGACAGUGAUAGGGAGAGACAGGCAGACAGAGAUGGAAGAGUGUGAGAGAGAGAAACAGAAAGGGCCCUAGUCUUUUUUUCCAUGGCUCCCCACUUAUUGCAGUAGCAUGCAAUUAUAAGGAUCUAAAUCUACUGCAGACUGGAUCUACAAAUGAUUGGAUCCACCAGGGAUUUACUGCAGACUGGAUUUACUGUUGACUGGCUCUGUUGCAGACUGAAUCUACUGCAGACUGAAUCUACUGCAGACUGAAUCUACUACAGACGGAAUCUACUACAGACAGAAUCUACUACAGACUGGAUCUACUACAGACUGAAUUAACCUGUCAUCCUGAAUCAUCAGUGAAUUAUUUUGUUUAUCCCAAACCUCAGAAGACCGUUUUACAGUUAAUUACAUAAUAUAAUAAUUAUAACAUAAUAAUUAUCCUCCUCCCGGAGCAUUUCCAGGAGCAGUCUUCUUGGUAUACCUAAGUUACUCUCUGGAACAGACCAAAAUGUUGACAAUAUAUCACCAAUCUGGCUAAUACAAAGGUUAUUAUUACCACCUAACCCAAUGGGAAUUCUGUCUAUGGGCCCGUGUACACUCUAACCUGGGCACAGAGUAAACAAUCAUGAAUGGUUACAUUAAUAGGAUGGGCAAAGGCAGAAACCCAGAGCUUGCAUGCUGCUGACACAUAACUUCAACAAACAGACAAGCAGACAGACAGACAUGCAGACAGACAGACAGACAA